AUGGACAACCAAACGGCAACCCAAGUCAUCACCGUCACCGUCUACUUCACCGCCGGCCUCCUCAUCCUCCUUGUCUACGUCGCCUACCUCAAGCGCUGGUGCCGCCUCCGGCAAGAUCUCCAGAACAGCGGCGGCAGCGACGACGCGGAACCAGCCAUGGAUGUGGCCGUGGCGACGCCAGAAACGUUGGCUGAGGCCGAAGCCGCUCGUCGUCGCCGUCAGAUCCUGGAGGCGAUUAGGGUGGUGGUGGUUGGCAGCAGUUCCCAGGGGAAUGGAGACGAGGAGGAGGCGGACUGCUCGAUCUGCCUGUGCAAGUACGAAGCAGGGGAGGAGGCGCGGGUGCUGCCGGAGUGCUGCCACAUGUACCACAAGGCCUGCAUCGAUCCGUGGCUCGUCGUCUUCAACGGCCAACGCUGCCCUCUUUGCUGCGCGCCGGUGGUGUCGCCGGCGGAGAAGCCGCAGCAGCGGCGCUGA